AUGGCAGACGACAGUGAACAAUUUUCCGCUGUGUUGGAGGAGCUGAUUGAGGAGGACGAAGAUGAUGAGGACGAGUUUCUGCACACGUCUGAUGAAGAGUUUGACAACGAUGACGAUUAUGGGUCCUCAGUCGGAUACGGUGUUGGUUGUCUUGGUGACCGUUCGCAGUUGUGGAACAACAUGUGUUUUAAACGCGAGGAGGAGGGGGUCGCCAAAGAGAUCAGUGACGGCGGGGAAUUGGACACGAAACCCGAGGUCAAACUGGAUGUUUACAUGGACGUGGAUGAAAAUACCUUAGAGGGUGGAGAAUACCGGUACAAGUGUGCAGUUUCUGUUGGAUUGGGACCGGACUUCCCUGCAGGGGAAAUAGUUCACGGAAAUAGAGCCAGCUCUAAAACAGAUCCCCGUAGUACGACAUCUCAUGGUUUUGCCUGCAAAGACGGAAAACUUGAUUCCCUAUACAGAGAAAAUAUACGAGAUGAACAAGAUGGUAUUGAUAAUCGGAAUAUGGUUAUAUUUGCCUGCAACUUUUGUCAGAAGCAGUAUAGACACAAACGCGACCUGCGAAGUCACAUAAGAAAGAAGCACCCCUCGGAAGACCUAAAAUGCAAACUUUGCAGAAAAGAGUUCUCAUGCAAAGAGCAGAUGGUAGUUCACCUGAAACAAGAGCACGAUAUCAAAUGUGAAGUUUGUGAGGAGGUAUUUGUAAACGAACAGUCCUUUAGAAGACACAUCACAAAGAGCGACAAAUGCGCCUACAUCACAACAACAGGCCAACUGAACAAUACCUACGAGUGCGAAAUAUGUAAAAAGAUUUUUGUGCAGAGAAAAAAUUUAGAUCUGCAUAAAGCAACACACAAAGGUGAUCACAAAUACGAAUGUAUUGAAUGUGGAGCACAUUUCUCUCGUGGUCCCGAUUUCAAGCGGCACAUGUGGACACACACUGGCGAGACACCCUACCAGUGUUCUAUCUGCCAAAAGGGGUUCCGGCAGCCGGGCGAGUUCGGGCGCCAUAUGCGAUGGCACCGCGGGGGAAACACGUGCAGGUACUGUGGCAAGCGACUGGUCCGUGACGAGGAGCUCCGGAGGCACGAGCUUAAGCACGAGCUCGAGAUGAACAUUACGGACGGGAUCCUGAAACUGCGCUGCAAUGUGUGUGGUAAAAUACUCAAAGACGAGUUCAAUCUUAAGAACCAUAUAAGAGUGAGGCAUGGCCAGAAUGAGGAUAUACAGUCGAUCGGCGGUGAUUCUAUACUUACGAGCAAAAGUAACACGAAACUUUCUAUUCGCCAGAGCAUUAAAUGUCCAUUGUGUGAGAAGGUUUUCUCAACGAAUAGUAACAUGAACAAACAUUUUAGGACACAUAACAGAAAAGGCAGUGCCUUGCAUAAAUGCGAUGUUUGCGGGAAGACGUUUACCAGAUCAGACAGUAUGAAGGACCACAUUCAGCAAGUUCAUUUGAAACUUAGGCGAAAUUGUUCCCUCUGCGCUGGCGAUUUUUACAAUAACAAAGAACUGAGGAAACACAUGAUAAAAAUCCAUUCUGUUACCCACUAG